AGAAAUUCGUUUUGGCAGAGCUGAAAGAAACAGUACUAAAAUCACAUUCAAGAAAGAAAAAAAAACUUUCCAUAAAUUAUUACAAUUUAGGAAAAAAAACACAAACACAAAAAAUUUCUUUACUUGUUUGGUAAUAAGAGGAGAUUUGGCAUCCGGAGAGAGAGAGAGAGAGAGAGAGAGAGAGAGAGAGAGAAAGGGGAAGAAGAUGAUGGAGAAUCGGGUGGUGGUCGUCGUGGCUCUGCUUACAGUCUGCAUUAUAGGAUUCGAGCUUAGACCCAUCCAUGGAGCCACUGAUGCAUCAGACAUUUCAGCAUUGAACAUGUUGUUCACCAGUAUGAAUUCACCAGGACAGUUAACACAAUGGACUGCAUCACCAGCUGGUGAUCCUUGUGGUAAUGGUCAGAACUGGAGAGGCGUUACUUGCUCUGGAUCACGAGUUACUCAAAUAAAGUUAUCAGGUCUUGAGCUCUCUGGAACACUCGGAUUCCAGCUUGAUAAAUUGACUUCUCUUACAGAGCUUGAUCUAAGCAAUAAUAACCUUGGAGGUGAUUUACCAUAUCAGCUUCCUCAAAACGUGCAACGAUUGAAUCUUGCAAAUAACCAAUUCACUGGAGCUGUUCAAUACUCCAUUUCCAAUAUGGCAUCACUUAAGUAUCUCAAUCUUGCUCACAAUCAGUUGAAGGGGCAAGUAUCUGUGGACUUCUCCAAGCUCACCUCUCUUACAACCUUGGACUUCUCUUUCAACUCUUUCACCUUGUCUCUACCCGGAACUUUCACCUCUCUUACAAGUUUAAAAUCACUAUUCCUUCAGAACAAUCAGUUCUCAGGAACACUCAAUGUCUUAGCCGGUCUUCCCCUUGAGACCCUGAACAUUGCAAACAAUGACUUCACUGGCUGGAUCCCCAGUACCUUAAAGGGCAUUAAUUUAAUAAAAGAUGGUAACUCUUUCAAUAAUGGACCUGCACCUCCACCACCACCUGGUACACCUCCAAUCCAUCGCUCACCGAGCCAUAAAUCCGGAGGAGGUGCAAACCGUGAUUCCACCGGCAAUGGAGAUUCCAAGAAAUCAGGAAUUGGAGCUGGUGCUAUAGCAGGGAUAAUCAUUUCAUUACUAGUAGUUACAGCUCUUGUGGCUUUCUUCUUGGUCAAAAGAAGAAGAAGAUCAAAGAGAUCAUCAUCAUCAUCUAUGGACAUUGAGAAAACAGAUAACCAGCCUUUCACUCUUCCUCCAAGCGACUUUCACGAAGACAAUUCUAUUCAGAGUUCUUCAUCAGUUGAGACAAAGAAACUUGAUGCUUCCUUGUCUAUUAAUCUCCGGCCUCCACCAGCUGAUCGAUCAUUUGAUGAUGAUGUUAAGCCUAUAGUUGUCAAGAAAUCCACCGUGGCUGUUCCCUCGAAUGUGAGAGUUUACUCAGUUGCAGAUCUUCAGAUUGCUACUGCCAGUUUCAGUGUUGAUAAUCUUCUUGGUGAAGGGACUUUUGGUAGAGUAUACAGAGCUGAAUUUAACAAUGGAAAGGUUCUUGCUGUGAAGAAAAUUGAUUCAUCUGCUCUUCCACAUAGCAUGACCGAUGAUUUCACUGAAAUAGUAUCGAAAAUCGCCGUUUUGGAUCAUCCAAAUGUGACAAAGCUUGUUGGUUACUGUGCUGAGCAUGGACAACAUCUCCUGGUCUAUGAGUUCCACAGUAAAGGAUCGCUACAUGACUUGUUACACUUAUCUGAAGAAGAAAGCAAAGCAUUGGUGUGGAACUCACGAGUCAAGAUCGCUCUUGGAACUGCACGUGCACUAGAGUACCUGCAUGAAGUUUGUUCGCCAUCUAUAGUUGACAAGAACAUCAAAUCAGCUAAUAUUUUACUUGAUUCCGAGAUGAAUCCUCACUUAUCAGAUUCAGGUCUCGCAAGCUUCCUCCCCACAGCAAAUGAGUUACUAAACCAAACCGAUGAAGGGUAUAGCGCACCUGAAGUAUCAAUGUCAAGUCAAUACUCUUUGAAGAGUGAUGUUUACAGUUUUGGAGUAGUGAUGCUUGAACUUUUAACCGGGAGGAAACCAUUCGACAGCACAAGAUCAAGAUCUGAACAGUCACUGGUUAGAUGGGCAACACCACAGCUUCAUGACAUUGAUGCUUUAGGCAAAAUGGUUGAUCCAGCUCUUGAAGGACUUUAUCCUGUUAAAUCUCUCUCUCGAUUUGCCGAUGUUAUUGCUCUCUGCGUCCAGCCGGAGCCAGAGUUUAGACCACCAAUGUCUGAAGUUGUGCAGUCACUGGUUGUGUUAGUGCAGAGAGCUAACAUGAGCAAGAGAACUGUUGGAGUUGAUCCAACACAGCGCUCUGGUAGUGCUGAGACAACCAACGAUUACAUGUAAAUCUGUCACCACAGAAAGAAGAAAAAAAAAAGAACACUUUGCUCCAUAUGGAUGAAGUCAUUGUUUUAUUGUAAUAUGUUUGAUAAACCUUUUCACAGUAUAUUAUCCAUUGUAUUUGGUUGUAAUGUGUUUCCAAAUUUGUAGUUUUUAGAUCUUUGGCAUGAACAAUAUUCUUUCUA